UUAGCCCACAAAUAUUGUUUCUCAUUCGCCUCCAGACCACUUUGCCUUGUUCCUUCACUCUCACCAUUUUCGCACCAACACAAACUGCUCAUACAUAAAGGAACUGGGUUCAGGUGAAUUCAAAAAUCCUAUCUUUAUCGAUUUCGGAGAAUUGAGGUAGAGUCAUACGAUGCAUAAGGAUAAGAUUUUCAAGCUGGCCAAGGGCUUCAGGGGAAGGGCCAAGAACUGCAUAAGGAUAGCCAGAGAGAGGGUGGAGAAGGCCUUGCAGUAUUCCUACAGAGAUCGCCGCACCAAGAAGAGGGACAUGCGUGCGCUGUGGAUCCAACGUAUCAAUGCUGGCACCCGCAUUCAUGGUGUUAAUUAUGGGAAUUUCAUGCAUGGACUGAUGAAGGAGAACAUUCAGCUAAACAGGAAAGUUUUAUCAGAGCUUUCUAUGCACGAACCAUACACUUUCAAGGCCCUCGUAGAUGUCUCUCACAGCGCAUUCCCAGGGAACAAGGCCGUACUUCCUCCCAAAAAGGAAGGCCUCCAAAUUCUUGUGUAAUUGGCCAUUUAGAUGGAUCAUCUUUGCUUGAUCCCUUAGAACUUGUAUGAAACAAAACAUUUUUGUAUUUUUUCGUUGCCCUUUAGAUUAUGAUUCUUACUCGUUAA